UGCCUACCAUUUUAAAUGCUUUUUUUCUGUUGCUCAUUGCAGCUUUCUAUCCCUUGAAAACACUAAGAAUAAUGUCCCUGCAUCAGUUUUUACUAGAGCCAAUCACCUGCCAUGCCUGGAACAGGGAUCGUACCCAGAUUGCCCUUAGCCCCAAUAAUCACGAAGUCCACAUCUAUAAGAAGAAUGGGAGCCAGUGGGUGAAGGCUCAUGAACUCAAGGAGCACAACGGACACAUCACAGGUAUCGACUGGGCUCCCAGGAGCGACCGCAUUGUCACCUGCGGGGCAGACCGCAAUGCCUAUGUCUGGAGUCAGAAAGAUGGUGUCUGGAAGCCAACCCUGGUGAUCCUGAGAAUUAACCGUGCAGCCACCUUUGUCAAGUGGUCCCCACUAGAGAACAAGUUUGCUGUGGGCAGCGGAGCACGACUCAUUUCUGUUUGUUACUUCGAAUCUGAAAAUGACUGGUGGGUAAGCAAGCACAUUAAAAAGCCAAUCCGCUCCACGGUCCUCAGCCUGGACUGGCAUCCCAACAACGUCUUGCUGGCAGCAGGAUCAUGUGACUUCAAAUGCAGAGUGUUUUCUGCCUACAUUAAAGAAGUGGAUGAAAAGCCAGCCAGUACCCCCUGGGGCAGCAAGAUGCCUUUUGGUCAGCUGAUGUCAGAGUUCGGUGGCAGUGGCACCGGCGGCUGGGUGCACGGGGUCAGCUUCUCCGCCAGCGGGAGCCGCCUGGCCUGGGUCAGCCACGACAGCACCGUGUCCGUAGCCGAUGCCUCCAAGAGCGUGCAGGUCUCGACUCUAAAAACAGAGUUCCUGCCCCUCCUGAGUGUAUCGUUCGUCUCGGAGAAUAGCAUCGUGGCUGCUGGCCACGACUGCUGUCCAAUGCUCUUUAACUACGAUGACCGUGGCUGCUUGACCUUCGUCUCCAAGCUAGACAUUCCAAAACAGAGCAUCCAGCGCAACAUGUCCGCCAUGGAACGCUUCCGCAACAUGGACAAGAGGGCCACGACUGAGGACCGCAACACGGCCUUGGAGACGCUGCACCAGAACAGCAUCACCCAAGUGUCUAUUUAUGAGGUGGACAAGCAAGAUUGUCGCAAAUUUUGCACUACUGGCAUCGACGGAGCCAUGACAAUUUGGGAUUUCAAGACCCUAGAGUCUUCUAUCCAGGGCCUCCGGAUAAUGUGAAGCUGAGCACGCCUCCCAGACCCAGCACGACAGACGGACAGGCUGUGAGGAGCAGCUCCACCGAGUGCAUGACGGGAGGAGAGCCGGCCACCAAGAAACACUGAAGACGCAGAUGGCGCAAAUAUUGUUGUGUAUUUUGUUUGAAUAUAAUUGGUGAAAGUUGGUUUUUUAAAAGCAGCAGUGAUUUGGGUUUUGUUUUUGUUUUUUUGUUUUGCUAUUUCAUUCCAUUCUUGACCAAAGCUUCUCUUUAAGUAGUUUAUUAUGGAAAAGUGUCACACUAACUUAAAGGAAGGGGUGGGGGAGGUAUGUGAAUUGUCCGCUAAAAAAUAAAAAUACUGAAUGUGU